UUGGUGAUUUGAGAAAAUAUAUAUAUAUUUUGCGGGGUCUCUGAAGCUUCCUUCUGAGUGUCCUUCGGUGAUGAGUGUAAUUAUGGAAGAAAUAGGGCAUGGGAUGUUAAAAAGCUUAGUUCGUCUAUUGAGCCCUCAUUUCCACCCAAUGAAUGUGUGUCGUGCACUCUUCUCCACAACGAUUCUUUAUAUAUUGCUAUAGUAGUGUUGUAAAGCAUUAUUAAUAUGUUUAUGUAAUUUAUUUAUAAACACCUGUUUCUCUUUUGUUUUAUUAAAUAGUUGUUUGUGCGUCUUGUUUUUCCAAUCUCUCCCACAAAUUGUGAAUUUCAAUAAGUAAUGUUUAGAACAAUCAAAACAUUGAAAACAUUUCUACCCAAAUAUUACGCUAGUUGCCUUGUACGUCUUACACACACUGCCGCUGGCCCGGCUUUGCAAAAGUUCGUUGAAGUUGCGGAAAUCAAUGGAGUCCGCGAAAUUACAUUUAACGAUCCAAAAACGCGCAACUCACUAUCUAUGGCCAUGAUGGAUGCCAUAUUAGAGGCAGUUUGCCUGGAUUGGUCUAAUAAAGAGUUAAGAUGCAUUAUUUUAAAUGCCCAUGGUAAUGUAUGGUCAGCAGGUCAUAACUUACGGGAACUAGGCCCAUGUAAGCCUUCAAAGAAACAAACUGAAAUCUUUGAAAAACUUACCAAGAUUAUCUUAAGUAUAUAUGAAGCUCCUGUUCCAGUUAUAGCCGAAGUUAACGGUUUAGCGGCAGCAGCUGGCUGUCAAUUGGUCGCUUCUUGCGAUUUUGUAAUAGCAACCGAUAAAAGUAGUUUCAUGACGCCGGGAGCUAAUUUUGGUAUAUUCUGUUCAACGCCCGGUAUAGCCGUUUCUAGAGUAAUGUCACGAUCUAAAGCUGCUUAUAUGUUAAUGACGGGUUUACCUAUUGAUGCCCAGCAAGCAUAUCAAGCUGGUCUUGUUACGCGCGUAGUUUCUGAGGAUAAUUUGAAGAAAGAAAUGUGUGAAAUCACGUCAGCUAUUAAGGCCAAAAGUCAUGCAGUCAUCGCAUUGGGUAAAAAAUUCUAUUAUGAGCAGUUGAAAUUGCCAAUUGAGGAAGCUUAUCGCUUAGGAGCGGAGAAAAUGACCGAAAAUCUCGCACUACCGGAUACUCAAGAGGGCAUUAAAGCAUUCAAAGAAAAGCGUAAACCAGUGUGGCAGCAUGAAUGAUUGCGAUUAUAAACUUGAAAUUUCAAAUUAAUCUUGCAUUUACAAUCACUUACCUUAUAAGAAAGUCGUGUCGUCUUUUUAAUUUGCUCGUUCAAUAUUGCGUCAAUAAAACGAAGAAUGUGUAUAUGUUAUAUUUAAAAAACUUAAGCGAAACAAACUCUACCUCUUCAUAACCUUAAAAAAGAGAAAUAUUGAACUUUAUCU